AUGGACAAGAAACAACUGCAGGUUUGGUUCCAAAACCGACGGCAGCGCGACCGGCGGGCUACCGGCACCAUGGACGCCGCGGUGUUCAAUGACGCCGAUCUGGCAGGGCUGCCACAUCAGGACCCCUUCGAGGCACCGCGAGUCCGUGCGGACGCGGCGGAUGGCUGGUUGAAUGUCGCCGACAUUUGCACGGCGGCCCAGGCAGACGCUACCACGCGCAGCACCUGUUUGCGGCUCCUCGCCGGCCACGGCGUGGUGUCUCAGCGGCACGGCCAGCCGUGGAUUCCCUUUGAAGACGGCUGGUUCCUGUGCCAGAGGCUGGGCCUAGAUCCUGCGCCGCUUGUCAUGCCCGGUCUGCCUGCGCCAGAAGAGCCACCCAAUGUCUUGAAAAACUACCUCUUUCUGUCUGCGCCACUGCCGCCCGCGUACAGCGUCUUGUGGUGGAAUGAAAGGGCAAUACCUUACCGGCCCCAGGCCCAGACUGUCAAUGCAACACGGCUCGUGCUGGCCAUGGGCCUGCAAAGAAAUGUUGUUCAGAACUGGCUGGCGAAACGGACGGCCGCAAGGACGUACGUCAGGGGAAACAACACGGUGCAGGGCACCUACCUAGGACUGAACGACGCCCUUCAGCUCUGUAUUAGCAAAAGGUUGGAUGUGUAUCCGGUGCAGAUCAUUGCAGGGGAGUGCAAUAUAGUGCUCGAUGAUUCGGCUACCGCGACGGGAGGGGUAUAA